UUGGAGAGGAAGCAUGAGUAGGUCUACAGAACGCCGCUGCACCACAAUGUUUGGGGAACUGGCUGCUUUGAUUAUUUUUGGUACAAAGGCUCUGAUUCUAACUGCAGAGGUUCCUCAGCUGAUCUCUCUGACUGAGGUGGAACGCGGCAACAACGUCAGUUUGAAAUGUCCAGUCUCUGAAAACAGAUUCUUUUAUUGGUAUAAACAGUCUUUUGGACAUGCGUUGCAAACAGUUGCUUCAAGUAUAAUAAACAAGACUGAAGUCAAUGAUUUACGUUUCACACUCACACGAGUGGAUGAUCAGUAUCUUCUUAACAUCAGUAAUGUCAGCAAAGAGGAUGAAGCAACAUACUUCUGUCAGACUGGAUCAACCUUUCAACUGACUUUCGUCGGUGGCACCUUCUUGGCUGUGAACGAUCAGGAUCAGCAGAAACAUUACAGCGUGAGACAAAGUCCAGAGACUGCGUCAGUCAGACCAGGAGCCUCAGUGAUCCUCCAGUGUUCACUUCUCUCUGAGCACAAAGAAAACCUGGUCCAGUGUCCAGGUGAACACAGGGUGAACUGGUUCAGAGCCGGAUCAGGACGCUCCCAUCCCAGCUUCAUUUACACUCAGAGCAGCAGGAGAGAUGGACAAGAGGAGAAGAGCUGCGUCUACAGUCUGUCCAAAACUAUACACAACUCCUCAGAUGCUGGGACUUACUACUGUGCUGUGGUCACAUGUGGAGAGAUCCUGUUUGGUGGAGGAACCAAAGUGCAGACAACACAAGAGCAGAACCUACUGGUAAUUGCACUGGGGGUGCUGUUGGCUCUGUGUGUGAUUGUGAUUGCCGUCCUCGUUUCUCUCCCUCGAUCAUGAGAGAAACCUGCUGGACAUGUAGCUGCAGCUCGGGACAAUCAUUGGUGAAUAAUAAUCAUGCUUCCAUUUGUGCAAAUUUAUAUUUUCAGUAUUGACUUGUUUUUUACCACUGACCUCAAGCCUCGGAUCAAAAGCCAGAUCAUUAAUGGAGAUAAUGCUAUUUAGUUUGGGUUAUUGCCUUGUUUUUCCCACCCUGUAGGGAUGAACCUUGCCUUCAGAGGACAAGGAUGUACCAUAAAGAUUUAAUAGUAUUUGUAAUUACAGUUAAUAACAUCAAGCCAACUGUUGUAUCAAUUGUCAGUCUUUCCAUGAUUAAAAAUAGUUAUUUCUAGAGGGAGAAAUAAGAGAAAUGAUGAAACCCUGCAAGGAGUAAAUGCUGUUGAAGAAAUAUUCAUGUGGGUGAGGACAGUGCAGAGACUCAGAGACCAGCUGAUAGACAAGCCUCUCAAAGCUUAAUGUGUGUAGUGCUGCAUCUGAGUGUGAACAUCCGCUGAUCACUUGAUCCGGGGGCUGCAGGUGGAUGGAUACACAACAGACAGGAAGACCAUGUCUCCAAAUGAAGCCUGUACCUGUGCACCUCCAUAUCCCGGGGCCGUUCAGAAACAUGCACACUUCAAGAAAAGCGUGUUCCAGCCUCAAUGUCUGUUUGCUAAUGUUGCCUUGUUUAAUAAUAAUAAAUAUAUUUCUGUUCAUGCACUGAAGACAA